UAUAGUGCGUAUUCUUUAUCCUACACAAUGUCAUCGAAUACUGUGUAUAUUCACUCUAUGAUUAUUAGUUAUAUUUACGUUUUGAGUUGACUGUUGAAUUUCUACGUUGCACGUGUCUAAUAUUGUUAAGGAAAAACUGUUAUUUUUAAACUAAUUUGCCCUCAAAAUGCCUAUACCUGAAAAAGUAUUGAUGCGCAAGAUUAAGAAACGGGAAAAGAAAAAACUGAAAAUCCUUCAGCUCAAAGAAAGUGAAAAUAAAAACAAAGUUUCUGAAGACGCGGACACAAGUGGUAAAGAGAUAGCAGUCUCUGGUUCGUCGGGCAGUCUAAAACGAAAUGCAGACACUGUUCCUGACACCCCAGUGAAAAGAAAGAAAAAAAAGAAAGUCAAACGUAGCGAUAUUGAUGAAGAAGAAGAAGAAGAAGAUGAAGAAGAAGUAAACGGCAACAGCCAGGAAAAUGGUGACGUUCAGAGUUCUGACGUUCAGGAAAGUAACAUAAUCGAAGCCAACGACUUAGAAAACAAAUUGCCUGGCUCGUCGCUGGCUCUGGAGAUCCUCAGCAGUGCGACGUUCGAGUCCCUGGCGGAUAAGGUGUGCGAGCACACCCUGAAGGGGGUCGCGGACAUGGGCUUCACCACCAUGACGGAGAUCCAGGCCCGCUCCAUCCCCCCCCUGCUGGAAGGGAGGGACAUUGUCGGCUCAGCCAAGACGGGCUCCGGCAAGACCCUGGCAUUCCUCAUCCCUGCCGUCGAACUCAUCUACAAGCUCAAGUUCAUGCCAAGGAAUGGCACGGGCUGCAUCGUGGUGUCCCCCACGCGGGAGCUCGCAAUGCAGACGUUUGGCGUGCUCAAGGAGCUGAUGAAGUACCACCACCACACGUACGGCCUUCUCAUGGGUGGUACCAACCGCCAGAUGGAAGCACAGAAACUCGGGAAAGGCAUCAACAUCUUGGUGGCGACUCCCGGCCGACUCCUGGAUCACCUGCAGAACACUCCGGACUUCCUGUACAAGAACCUGCAGUGCCUGGUCAUAGACGAGGCAGACAGGAUUUUGGACAUUGGAUUCGAGGAAGAACUCAAGCAGAUAGUGAAUCUGCUGCCAAAACGCAGACAAACUAUGUUGUUCAGUGCGACGUCCACUGCGAAAACGGAAGCGCUCACAAAGCUUGCACUGAAAAAAGAGCCAGUGUAUGUUGGUGUGGACGACCAGAAAGAUAAGGCGACAGUUGAAGGUCUUGAACAAGGCUAUGUAGUUUGUCCUUCUGAGAAGAGAUUUCUGCUGCUUUUCACAUUUUUGAAGAAGAACCGCAAGAAGAAAGUGAUGGUCUUCUUCAGCUCUUGCAUGUCUGUCAAGUUUCACCACGAGCUACUUAAUUACAUCGAUCUACCUGUUAUGAGUAUUCAUGGGAAGCAAAAGCAAACAAAACGCACCACAACUUUCUUCCAAUUCUGCAACGCAGACACUGGGAUUCUGCUGUGUACAGACGUAGCCGCCAGGGGUCUGGACAUCCCUGACGUAGACUGGAUAGUGCAGUACGAUCCUCCAGACGACCCUAAGGAGUACAUCCACCGAGUGGGGCGGACGGCCAGGGGGGAGGGGGGUCGGGGGCAUGCGCUCCUCAUCCUGCGGCCAGAGGAGCUGGGCUUCCUGCGCUACCUGAAGCAGGCGCGGGUCCCCCUCAACGAGUUUGAGUUCUCCUGGAGCAAGAUAGCAGACAUCCAGAUGCAGUUGGAAAAGCUGAUCGGCAAAAACUAUUUUCUGCACCAGUCGGCCAAGGAUGCUUUCAAAGCAUAUGUGCGUGCGUACUUUUCUCACCACCUCAAACUGAUCUUCGACGCUGAGAGUUUGGACUUGGCCAAAGUGGCACUGUCUUUUGGAUUCCGUGUACCACCUGCAAUGGACUUGCCUUUAGAGAGCAGUAAGAGUGCUCGCCCGAGGAAGAGGCAAGGCGGAGGAGGUUACGGGUACUUCAACACCCUCAAUGCGACAAGAAAACAGGACCAAAAAACCACGAUCUACCGCCAGCCAACGAAGAAGAAGAAGAAGAUGGGUGACAACAGGCAGUUUAGCAGAUGAAACUGUUUUAUUAACAUUUUGUACACGUGUUUUAAAGUAAAUGGUCUGUUGUGGAA